UUUUUUGUUUCAAAUAACAAAUUUAUUGACUUACCCUAACGACGUCUUCGAAACAAUAAAUUUCCAACGCUUUGGCAACAAAUUAGUUGAAAGUAUUCAAAUCAAGACUUCAAAGAGUGAGACCGCGUCAACAUAUUAUAUUUUGUAGAAAAUUAUUUAUACAACCACAGCAAAAGCCCCAGCAUUUGCUUUUUAUCAUAUCAUAUCAUAUUCGUACUGGAGAGGUAAAGUAACUAUUUGAAUUAAAAACAAAAAACAAAAAAAUUCAGCGCUUACACCAUGUCGCUUGUCUACAUAACACGUCACUAUGAGAAUAUCAAAAACAUCGAAAACACCGCCGAUUAUUAUCAAUUCAUGAAGUCCAGCUCUAUUGCGAAACCUGCACGAUCCAAUAGGAAAAAGGAUAAGUCCAGAGCUGUUAUCAAAUUGCCGGACGGUAAGAAGUUAUUAACCGACUCUAAAAAGAGUGAGCACAAAACCAUGGGCUACAGUGAGACACCACUAAGUGAACCAUGCGAGUUUUUGCGUAAAAAUGGUGGCGUCAAGUGGCAGAGAAAACGAGAUCACAUCUGUCCCAAACGGGAUGAGCCUGUGGUGCCUGUACCACGUUUGGAAGAUCUAAAGAAGGAGAGACAAAAGCGUGAAAAAGAGAAGAAAAAAGUCAAUUUCAUUAAGAAGAAUGCGCAAUGCAUUAAGAAUGCGCCAGGCAAAUGGCAUCCACCGAAAUAUAUUGACUUCCACACAGGCACACCACGUAACUUGAAAAAUUCCGGACUUGUGCCACAAUAUGUUUGUUCCGAAGCCUACGGCAAAGUGCCGUGUUACUUGCGUUUGCAUAAAAAGAUAGUGUCGGACAAACCCGAAAUAUGUAAGAUAGAACAAGUGCAGUUGGCUGAGCGUUGCAAGUUCAAGGAUGCCAGUAUUCGUCAGUUACCCUUGGAGGAGCGCGAUAAUAUUUUGAAGGGUCUAAAGCAACAUUUCAAUGACGUCUUCAAAGCUUACCAAGCGGGUUCUUUGCUAAUUGACAACAUUUCGAAGCGUUUGAGAAAGUCAAAUUUGGAAAAGGAGUUACGCCAACUGGAACAUGACAUUUUUCUUCUAGAAUCCAAUCCAAUCAUAUUUGUAUCUGAAUUUUAAUUAACAAUAAAAUGCGUAAUCUGAACAAUUUCUGUAUAAUAAUU